AAGCAUACCCACCACCACGGGCUCCCAAAAUAGCCGAAGUGGUCUCCCAACAAUGAUGAUGAUGGUAAGAAUAUGUUACUCGCUAAUCAAUAGGGAACUUGAAAAAAGAAAAAUCUCCAACUUUUUGUGGGUUUGCGUCAAAGUCAGUUAGCCGUGUACUUCGGGGAUUUGGUCCAUUCCUUGCGUUUCCUAAACCCCUCCAUUGUUGUGUCUUUCUUCUACCAUUUCGCGUGGUUGGGACUUAUUACAAGUUGCAGUGUGAAAGAUAUAAUAGUAUGGUAAAAGCAUGGACAAUAUUUGUUUUGCUUUCAUUGGAAUCCAUUUGCUCUUUUCUUUCUUCAAGUUCUCAACCGCUGUUGAUGCCAUCACUCAAGCCCAGUUCAUCAGUGAUGGCAGAGGCUUAACUUCUAAAGAUGGAAACUUUGAACUGGGUUUCUUUAGCCCAGCUAAUUCCAGCAGUAGAUUCUUGGGAAUAUGGAACAGGAAAAUCCCACUUAGAACUGUUUCAUGGAUAGCAAAUGUGCAUAAACCCAUCAAUGAUUCAUCUGGCAUAUUGAUGAUAAAUGGCUCUGCCAAUGCCGUCCUUCUCAGUCAGAAUACUACCGUUGUUUGGUCUUCCAGCUCCUCAAAACAAUCUGAGAAUCCCAUAUUGCAGCUCCUGAAUUCAGGAAACCUGGUACUGAGAGAUGGGAAAGAUGGAAAUUCUGGAAUUUUUUUGUGGCAAAGCUUUGAUUGUCCUAUUGGGACCGUGGGUUUAUCAGCAAGGAGGGUCUCUCUGUCAGCUUCAGCAGAUGUCUGUGAUAGUUAUGGACUCUGUGGCGCUUAUGGAGUUUGUACCAUCAAUGAAUUACAAGUUUGCAAAUGUUUGAAAGGGUUUAAACCUGUUUCGCCAGAAAAAUGGAAAGAAAGGGACUAUACACAAGGUUGUGAACGAAAUAAACCAUUGAAGUGCCAGGAAAACACUGGGUUUAUAAAAUAUGUUGGGUUGAAAUUGCCAGAUAACAAAAAUGGUUGGGUCAGUCAAGGUAUGGAUAUGAAGGAAUGCAAGGCAAAAUGCUUGAGCAACUGUUCUUGUAUAGCUUUUGCAAGUUCUGAUGCCAAAGGAGGCAGUGCCUGUACUAUCUGGCUUAGUGAUCUAAUUGACAUUCGGCGUCUCUUGAAUGGUGGUGGCCAGGAUCUGUAUGUUAGAGUGCCUGAUUCAGAGUUAGGAGCGAAAAAUGGAGUCAAAGUUAAGAUUGUAGUGAUUAUUGUAGCUGUUGUUUUCACUGUCUCGGGCCUGCUGUUAGCUGCCUACUACAUUCGAAAAAACAGGAAAAUGUCUAAAGAGAAAAUUGAUAUCUAUGGAACAACAGGUCAGACCAACGAAGGUCAGGAGGAGGAUCUGGAAUUGCCUUGGUACAACCUAUCUACUAUAGCUAGUGCCACUGAUAACUUUUCAUUCAACAACAAACUUGGACAAGGCGGAUUUGGAACUGUAUACAGGGGUGCACUCAUGGAUGGGCAAGAGAUUGCUGUGAAAAGGCUUUCGCAGAACUCUGGACAGGGACCAAAUGAGUUCAAGAAUGAAGUUAUACUAAUAGCCAAGCUGCAGCACCGAAAUCUUGUAAGACUUCUUGGUUAUUGCAUCCAAGGAGAAGAAAAAUUGCUGAUUUAUGAAUACAUGCCCAACCAAAGCUUGGACUUCUAUAUAUUUGAUCAAGCACACGGUAAACUUUUGGAUUGGAGAAAACGGUUUAACAUUAUCCUUGGGGUUGCAAGGGGGCUUCUAUACCUUCAUGAAGAUUCCAGAUUGAGAAUCAUACAUAGAGAUCUUAAAGCAAGUAAUGUUUUACUUGAUAAAGAUAUGAACCCUAAAAUUUCAGAUUUUGGAAUGGCAAGAACAUUUGGAGGAGAUCAAACAGAAGGAGUCACAAGAAGAGUGGCCGGAACGUUAGGUUAUAUGGCUCCAGAAUAUGCUAUUGAUGGUCAAUUCUCAGUAAAAUCUGAUGUGUUUAGCUUUGGCAUUUUAAUGCUAGAGAUAGUAAGUGGAAAGAAAAACAGAGGACUUUAUCGUCUUGAUGACAACCUUAACCUUGUUGGAUAUGCAUGGAAAUUAUGGGAAGAAGAAAGGUCUCAAGAACUGAUAGAUGAAUGCUUCAAGGACUCACGCAAUCUAUCAGAAGUAUUGCGUUGCAUCCAUGUUAGCCUCUUAUGUGUCCAACAGCUUCCUGAAGACAGGCCAAGUAUGUCAACUUUGAUUCUCAUGUUAGGUGAUGAAACAAAUUUGCCACAGCCUAGAAAACCAAGUCUUCUCAUAGGCAAACAUUCAUCUGAAGCAGAUUCUCCCUCAAUCAAGCAGGAAACAUCUUCAACCAAUGAAUUUAGCAUAAGUCUUUUAGAUGGAAGAUAGUAUUCAUUUUAGUAAUAUGUGCAUUAACAUAUUGCUUAUCAAUACAAGUGUUGAUACAAGUCUAGCUUAGGGCCCAGAAUCAAACCACUCUAGAGUCUAGAUCCACAGACGUUGUCAAUGUCUGUCACAAUUCUUCUCUGAGCUUACCCAUGAGACAAUUUGCAGUCACGUUAAACAAGCAUUGAGUUGUUAGUACUCAGUUUCAUCUGUCAUCUAGGCCACCAGCUGCGUUGUUAAAUAUAUAUUUAUUUAUAUAAAAUAAAAUAAAAAAAUAAAAAAGAAAUGUUAUGCAGGUA